AUGACAGCGGUCCGCUGUCAGCGGAUUAAAGCUUUGGAUUCUCAGCCAGCUCAUCAGAACGAGCCCGAGAGAACGUCUCCUGAAAUUCAGAAUAACCAAUGGACUCCGGAUAAGGCACUUCCUGCUUUGCCCGACCCGCCUGGGGAUCGGCCGAACACUCACUUUGGAUCUAAUAAUGAUCAACUUCCUGCAACGGUUACCCAACAACCGGUCACGAAAGAAACAACUAACUUAUCAAGCUCAAAUAAUGGUUUAAGAUUAGAAGACCAGUUCAGAGCUGAAGAAGGCGCUGACAUAAACUCUCGCAAAGAGCUUUUGCUUCAAUUCAUUGAAAAACUCAAAGACCCCGCUGUGCAAGGUCACGAAGUUCCUAGAAAUGUCAUUCGAAUGAUCCACAAUUUUUCUAAGGCUUCCCCCUCCGAAAUAGCUGAUUUCAUUCGCGCUCUACCAGGAAACCCUGGUAAUCCUGAAGCUUGCUGUUUCUGCCAGCAUGAUUACGAUGACCGAUUGUACAAAUAUACAGUUGAUGUGGAAUAUUUCGGGGUCAUACCUGGUUGGAAGGAAGAUAUGCCCCCAACAGGAGAAGAUAUGAUGAUCAUGGAAAUUACUGGAUGGACUCAACAACAGCUUUAUGAUGGCUUGAAAAUUGUUAACGAGAGAAUUGACAUGGAUUACUGCUAUGGAAUGCUUUGCGGGACAUGCUGGUUGGCCUGUGUAUGCGGUUCUUUGCAAAGAGAGGUCAAGGCUCAAGUGUGA